AUGCAACUUUCAACCACCGUCCUCUCUGCCAUCUUGGCCACCCUCGCUGCUUCCCAGUCAGUGAAUAUCCCCGCUCGAUCUGGAAGUAUCAACUCUCUUAGAGAGGCAAUGACCAUCACUGGAAGCGUGGAUAUGGGAAACAAGGAGUACGAUCGAGGACAGAAAUGUGACACCGACGCGGAUACAGGAUCCAGCAAUGCAGUCUUCAUCCUCGAGGACGGUGCUACUCUCUCCAACGUCAUUAUUGGUGCCAACCAAUGUAAGAUUAGUUUGAUCCCCCAGCAUUAAACACAGUACUAACUCUUGCUUAGUGGAGGGUGUUCACUGCAAAGCAGCUUGCACACUUAAGAAUGUUUGGUUCCGUGAUGUCUGCGAAGGUAAGUUUUUAUCCCAAUCUACAAUUUCGAUUUGCUAACUAUCAGCAGACGCCAUUUCCCUUCUCGGCACCGGCAAUGUCCUCAUUCAAGGUGGAGGAGCAGUGAACGCUAAGGACAAAGUUGUCCAACACAACGGAAAGGGAACAGUCACCAUCAAGGACUACACAGUCCAAAGUGUUGGAAAAGUGUAUCGCUCAUGCGGUAACUGCUCCAACAACGGAGGACCACGUAAGGUCAUCAUCCAAAACCUCAAGGCCAAUGGCAUUACCUCCGAUGUCAUUGGUAUUAACGCCAACUACGAAGACACUGCCACAAUCACUGGUUCAUGCGGAAAAGGUGUCAAGCACGUUUGCCAGGAGUUUACCGGUAUUGACAAGAAGAAGACUUCUGGCGAAUCCCCAAAGAUCAGCUCCAAGGAUGUCUGCCUCGGCGCUCAAGGAAAGCUUGAUACUCUCCCAGCUUGUUAA